CUUUAGCUUUAACGAGCCUCGUUAAGAUCGCAAUAAUAUUCCACCCUCUAAUUGCUCAUUCCAUCCAGCAGAUAGGCGAGCAUUGGCUCGCGCCUGAUGCGCGCGGUGCAGUGGGAGGGUUGCUGUGGAGAUCCGAGACUCUGAUAACCCCCCGUGCGUGCUGCACAAGUGGUGAAAGCCUCGCGCUACGUACUGGCUAAUGAUUGGCACGCUUGACAGUGAUUGGCAGGGCUGCCAUGACAACGCCACAACGACACCAAGAAGACCAAUAGAAAAGGGAAACAAAAUGUUUCAAUGCUACACUCAACGGCGGAUUUAGGGGGGAGAUAUUAUGAGGCUGGUGUCAUUAGGCGAUAGCCAUUGAAUCAUUCAAGCUUUUUUUACUAGCCGUAUUUUUCGGGUUUUUUCCCCCCUUUUUCUCGGUAAUUUUCUUUCUCUCUCAGGUCAUUUCCAUGGUUUUCAGAUCCCCUUUAGAGCUUUAUCCCUCCCAUUUCUUCCUGCCUAACUUCGCUGAUCGCCCACUGCUGCUGGCGAACAGCGCUCCCGCCGCCAGGUCUCCAGAAGACUUGUCCAUGUUUCAGCUACCGACCCUCAACUUCUCCCCGGAGCAGGUGGCGAGCGUCUGCGAGACGCUGGAGGAGACCGGGGACAUCGAGCGGCUGGGCCGCUUCCUCUGGUCCCUGCCGGUGGCUCCGGGAGCGUGCGAGGCGAUCAACAAGCACGAGUCCAUCCUGCGCGCCCGCGCCGUGGUGGCGUUCCACACGGGGAACUUCAGAGACCUCUACCACAUCCUGGAGAACCACAAGUUCACCAAGGACUCGCACGGCAAGCUGCAGGCCAUGUGGCUGGAGGCUCACUACCAGGAGGCCGAGAAGCUGCGCGGUCGUCCCCUCGGACCUGUCGACAAGUACCGGGUGCGGAAGAAGUUUCCGCUGCCUCGGACCAUCUGGGACGGGGAGCAGAAGACGCACUGUUUCAAAGAGCGGACGCGGAGCCUGUUGCGGGAGUGGUACCUACAGGACCCGUAUCCGAACCCGAGCAAGAAAAGGGAACUGGCUCAAGCCACUGGACUCACUCCUACACAGGUCGGGAACUGGUUUAAAAACCGGAGGCAAAGAGACAGAGCAGCGGCGGCCAAAAACAGGCUCCAGCACCAAGCAAUAGGACCGGCCGGCAUGAGGUCCCUCUCAGAGGCCGGACUCACCCCUCACAGCUCGGCCGAGUCGCCCUCGACCGCGGCCAGCCCCACUACCAGCGUUUCCAGUAUGACAGAGCGAGUCGACACUGGGACGUCCAUCCUGUCCGUCACAUCCAGCGACUCGGAGUCGGGGACUGACCGAGGUCCGGGUGUCCUUAUCAAUUUAACCUCCAUUUACAAACCGAUAGGAUGGUUCACCCCGAGCGCCAGCAGCCUCUCCUCCACAGGCAGCGGAGGUCAUCAGACCGGAGCGAAGACCAAACGCGCUCUUCGACUGCCAUCUAGAGGACGCAAGUGGAAUUAG